CGAAAAUUCCAGUCAGUUGCGAGCGGCCAGUUGCCCGGUGUGUAUCAUAGCUGGAGAAUCGUCGUCUUUUUUCCCCGAAGCUUCACAAUUUCUUUUCUCGCAAGCUCUCGAUUAAUUUUCACACUCGACAACCCCACUGCGCCCGCUCUGCUCGUUUCGUCUAAUUCAAUCCUCGCCAUACCCAAGGAUAACCGGCGAUAAAACUACAAAUAAAAUACCGCGAGAAUUCCUUCAAACUUCCGAUCGCAGAUCGGCGAUAUCUUAUACGAACGUUCGAUUUUUCUAUAAACAAAAUCUCGUUUAAAACAGUGUUUUCUCUCAAUUACUUUGUGAGAUAAUAUAUUUGAUUUUUUUUUCAAACUACAAGUGCAAAAUGAGAAAUAUAAUGGAGAAACAACUGUCGUGGUUUGCCCUUCUGAUGACAGCAUUUUACUCCCUUUUGGCCAGUUGCCGUGGCGAGGAAUGCGGACACGAAGAACUCACACGUUGCGCGAGACCGUUGGAAAAAAUGACCAGCGCCACGGAUUUUAUAACAACCAAACAAGGACUCGAUCAGCUAUGCCCGGAACUGCAAGCUGGAACUAGAUGCAUAAAAGAUUACACGCAGAGGUGCAUGAACGAACAGCAACGGGAGCAUUUCACCGAAAUCUACAAGGGCACGAAUAUGAUGGUCAUGGAAUUGUGUCAGGACGGAUUGUACCAAGAACAAUUUCUGACUCACGCUCCCUGCAUGCAGACCGUCAAGCCGCAGUUCGACCUGUGUUCAAAAAAAUACACAGCGGCUAUGCAGUCCAUCGCGAACGGAGAUCAUCCCAAUCAAGUGAAAUCCAUUUGCUGUUCGUUCCAAGAGUAUCUGGAUUGUUCGCACCACACAGUCCUCAGAAAAUGUGGUUCUGACGCGGCGGCUUUCACGAAAAAAUUCCUCGAUCGCAUGUCGUCCUCGCUAAUCAAGAUGCAUUGCGAAGCUUACGCAGCGAACGGUCAAUGCGUGGACGCGUUGAAAGCUCUGGCGGGAAAAAGUUCGGCUGGCUUAACGAAGAUCGGUGGAUUUAUCCUGCCGUUGGUGGUUCUCCUUACGGCGAGUAGAUAUUUAUUAUAUUAAAUUUUCCAAAUGCCAUCGAAACUACCGUUCUAUUAUUAUUAUUAAAUAAUAAAAUUGAAACCCACAUCGCGGCGGCUAUGAUGCAGAAUUUAACAGAUUAUAAUGUGGGAAGUACGCACAUCGUACUUUUCACGAUCGGACGAUACGUAUAUCGUUCUGUCUAGCUUUACACAACCCGAGAGCAGUAGCUACGUUCCGUUUCACGUACGAUUUUUUCACCACUCCAAUUUUUAUCAUACAAUUUUUUUUUCUUUCCCAUCUUUUUCAUAUGGUGUUAAAUAAAGUUUUUCGUAUGAAACGCGACAGUUAGAAAAAAAACCACUAACUAUCGAUAACGUAUAAUGUGUGUAAUUUUGAUAGCCGCGUACGACAGAUAUCGCAUUUCGAAAGUAUUUUUGUGAAAAGGGUACCUUAUAGGUGUGAUUCUUUAGUCAGAGAGAAACAUUGAGAGUUACGAUUAGGGGAAGGAAAAACGAAAAAAUAAAAAGUAAAAAAAAAAAAACAAAGAGAAAUGAAAGUAAAAAUUAGAUGAUUUUGUGAUACGUAUAUAUAUAUAUAUCGUAUGUAGUUGCAAUGCGAUAAAUAUAAUAUCUAUAUACAGAAAUAUAAAUUCGCGUUGCUCUUGCUUUUUUUUUUCUUUUUUUUUUUUUUUUUUGUUUUGAAUUUAAAAAAUAGUUACAUGAGAAUGAUUCAAUGGUAAUUAAGGUAAAUAAAAAGUAAGAAACAACUCACUUUGAAUCUCUACACACGAACCGCGUAGCGGUAGUGUAAUGUGCACGACUGACAUUUAUUCCUGUGUUAAAAAUUAUAAAUACCUUGUACGUGAAAGAGAGAAAAAGAAAAUGAAAAAUGGAAAAACUAAAAAAAAAAAAAAAAAAUAUCGCAAGACAAAAAGCUUUAGUUAAAAAUAAUUAAUCUCGAAGCUUGCUGAUAUAAUCGGAGUGUCUAUUUCUAGUGAUAAUCAUCAUCCAUUUAUUGAGCAGGGGGGGGAAAUCGAAUUCAUUUAUAUCCCAUGCGCGUACGUAUAGAUAAUUUAAUUAUUUAUUUUUUUUCUUUUAUCGUUAUCAAUUUUACAACCAUAUUUUUCACCUCCGACGCUAAUAGAAAAAGUCAAAAUCAAAAUUCAUUUCAUCUCACACGAUAUUAAAGAUUGUGACGUUUGAUAGAAAGAAGAAAAAGAAAUCACAUUUUAACGGGGCGUUCAGGAUUAAGAAAGAAAAAAAAAAAAAAAAAAGAAACCAAAUAUGCUUCCCUCCGAUUCAUACUAGCAAGCUUGAUUAUAUUGUAUGCCGUAGAAUUAUUAAUGUGCACGUAUAAAAAAAAGCGUGAAUAACGUCAAAUUGAAAAA